GCCGUAGCGGACGGGGCGGCUCCCAGAGGAGCAGAUAAAGGAGCAGCGGCGGGGAGUCGCUCAGAGCUCGGCUCAGCCUCGCCAGGAGAACGACGCUCUGCCGCCAGAAGACUCACCUGCUCAGGUUGUUCUGCCGCCAUCUUUCCCCAUCAGAGGGAGGACCGUCCGUCAGUCUGCAGCGCCUCUUCCUGUCACUUCCUGUCCGCCGCCAUCCAGCUGCAUUCACAGGUUCUAUCUGUCCAGACCCAGAGGUUGACCGAGCGUCGGGUCCGUCUUAGACUGAGGAAGAAGGUCCAGAAACAGCCGCCAGGAGUAAACCUUAAAUGUUCAGCAGCUCUGACCAUUAAAUCCUGCAUCCGUCUUCCUGAACUGUGGAACAACUGGAGCAGCUGAGGAUCUACUUCUACGACUCUUAACCAAACCGAAAGGUCAGGAUGGUGUCCAUCAGUCAGAACACUGCCAUGAAGAAAAAUGGAAAUGAAGUCCAUGAACCUGUGGCAGGCAUAUUUCUGGAGAAGACAGGGGAGAAAUUCACCAUUUAUCAGGCCAUGAAAAAACGUCUGCUUAAACCGGGAACGGCAUUAGCUCUACUUGAAGCACAAGCAGCCACUGUGGGCAUCAUAGAUCCGAUAGGAAACCGUAUACUUCCUGUUGCAGACGCUGUUAAAGAAGGAGUAGUUGGUCCAGAAAUGAGGGAGAAACUUCUCACUGCAGAGAAAGCCAUUAGUGGGUACAUAGACCCCUACACCAAUCAAAUUAUAUCUGUGUACCAGGCUAUGCAAAAAGAUUUAGUCCCCAGAGAGUAUGGCUUGAGGUUACUGGAAGCACAGAUAGCCAGCAAAGGCAUCUUUGACCCUGUGGAGAAGACCAGCAUCUCUACUGAUGCCGCGAUCCAAAAGGGCCUUUAUGAAAAGGCUUUGCUUAGUGACCAAAUGUCUGAGCUGAAGGUAUUUUACAAUCCAAGCACACAAGAAUAUCUUAACUACCAAAACCUUCUGGAAACAUGCACUGUGGACCCAGAAACCGGCUUGUUGCUCCUUCCUGUCUGUAUUGCCUUCAAAGGUCUGCGCAAAGGUAUUUCCUCCAGUGAACUGUUGGAGUCAAAGAUCAUUGACAAAGAAACAUAUGAAGACUUGCAAAAGGGGAAGACCACAACCCAGGAUGUGAUGUUGAUGGAAACCGUGAAAGAAUACCUGGAAGGCAAAGGCAGCAUAGCAGGCAUUGCUGAUCUCUCAACCAAUCAGAGAAUAAGCAUUUAUCAAGCCAUGAAGCAAGGGAUAGUGAUGCCAGGCACGGCACUUGUUCUGCUGGAAGCACAAGCAGCAACUGGGUUCAUGAUUGACCCUGUAGGAAACAAGAAAUACACAGUGGAUGAAGCUAUUAAGCACAAACUUAUUGGCCCAGAAUGUCAUUUGAAGCUGCUUUCAGCUGAGCGAGCAGUGACUGGAUACAAAGAUCCUUAUUCAGGAGAGACCAUAUCCCUAUUUCAAGCAAUGUCAAAGGAUCUCAUCGUUAAGGAACAUGGGAUCCGGCUACUGGAGGCACAAAUUGCCACUGGUGGAAUAAUUGAUCCAAUCAACAGCCACAGACUUCCCACUCAAGUGGCCUUUAAGAGAGGCUAUUUUGAUGAAGAAAUGAAUAAGAUACUGGAAGAUGAAGGCGAUGACACGAAAGGAUUUUUUGACCCAAAUACAGAAGAAAACCUUACAUACCUUCAGCUGAUUGAAAGGUGUGUCACCGAUCCUGGCACUGGAUUGUGCCUUCUUCCUCUACAUGACAAAUCAGGCAAAUUUAAUUCUAGCUUUAUUGACUACAAAACAAAAACUGUCUUCAAAACUGAAAAAGUCAAAGUGACAUGUGGGAAGUACAUAGGAAUGACAGUCUCUUUGUGGGAACUACUGAUGUCAGAGUACUUCAAUGAACACCAGAGGCAAGACAUAUUUCAGAAAUACAAGGAAGGGAAGUUAAAUAUCUCUACAAUCAUUAAGAUGAUUUUGGAAACCAUAGAAACAUCAGUAAAAGCAACAAAAACCGUCUUUGAGGGUAUACGGGAAACUGUCACAGCCAAGCAGCUUGUUGAAGCAGAAAUCAUCAGUGAGAAAGUGAUGAAGGAGUUGGAAGAUGGAAAAAAGUCAAUAAAGGACGUAAUAGAGGAUGAAAAUGUAAAUGUUUACUUACAGGGAAAAGACAGCAUCGCAGGUAUUCUGCUUCCAGAUUCCCAAGUUAUAACAAUCUACCAAGCCAGACAAAAAGGAAAGCUGAUGCCAGGAACUGGCCUGAUUCUGCUGGAGGCACAAGCAGCUACUGGGUUCAUUAUUGACCCCAUUGGAAACAGGAAGUUUUCAGUGGAUGAUGCUGUCAAAGCUAAAAUUGUGGGACCUGAUGUCUGUCAGAAGCUGCGUUCAGCAGAGAGAGCAGUCACUGGGUAUAAAGAUCCACAUGAUGGAAAAAUAAUCUCUCUGUUCCAAGCUAUGCAAAAAGACCUGAUCCUGAAAGAUCAUGGGAUUCGACUUCUGGAGGCACAGAUUGCCACUGGUGGUAUCAUUGAUCCGGUGAACAGCCACCGCAUCCCUGUACAUGUAGCCUAUAAGAGGGGAUACUUCCAUGAGGAGAUGAAUCAGAUUUUGAGCGAUCCAAGUGACGACACCAAAGGUUUCUUUGACCCCAAUACCCAUGAGAACCUGACAUACUUGCAGCUCCUGGCUAGAUGUGUCAAAGAUCCCAGUACUGGCCUGUGCCUCUUACCUCUGAAAAGCAAGAGCACCAAAAUAAAUAUUGAUGACAACAUGAGGGAAAUUUUCCAUAGGACAAUAAUUACUGUCAAGUAUGGCAGAUUCAAGGGCAGCACAACUCUGUGGGAAGCAAUUAAUUCAGAAUAUCUGUCUGAAGACAAACGACAGGACCUUUUCAAACUUUUCAGGUCCCGGAAAAUCACUGUUGAGCAACUGACAGUGACCAUUAUAGAUAUCAUUGAGAGCAAGGAGAUAAAACAGCAAGCAGAGCUGAACUUUGAAGGUCUCAGGGGAGAGGUGUCUGUUGUGGAUCUCUUGGAUCUUGAAAUUGUAGAUGAAAAAACAUACAAAAGUAUGAUUGAUGGAAAGCUUUCAAGUACUGAUGUAAUGAAGAUGGACAGAAUAAGAGCCUACCUCCAAGGGACAAGCUGUGUAGCAGGAUUGAUACUACAACCCUCCAAUCAGAAACUAAGCAUCAAUGAGGCACAGAAAAUGGGCAUCCUCACUCCAGGCACUGCCCUUUGUCUCCUUGAAGCACAGGCGGCCACAGGAUUCAUUGUAGAUCCUCUAAAAAACCAAAAGCUUACAGUGGAAGAAGCACUAAGAGAAAAGGUCAUUGGUCCACAAGUGUACGAAAAGCUGUUGUCUGCAGAGAGGGCCGUCACUGGUUACAAAGACCCAUACACAGGUCAAAAGAUCUCUCUAUUCCAAGCCAUGAAAAAGGAUCUUAUUGUCAAGCAGCAUGGUAUUCGUUUACUCGAGGCCCAAAUUGCUACUGGUGGUAUCAUUGAUCCAUUGAAAUGCCUUCAUUUACCUCUAGAGGUUGCAUACAGGAAAGGUUAUUUUGAUGCAGAACUCAAUCAAAUCUUAACAGACCCCACUGAUGACACAAAGGGCUUCUUUGACCCAAAGACUCAAGAAAAUCUGACAUAUAUGGAAAUGUUGAGCAGAUGUGUGAAAGAUAAAGACACUGGACUCCUUCUUCUGCCACUUAAUGGCACACCAAAGACAUCAGCAAAAACAGACAAGACAUACACAGAAGCAGAAAUAAGGCAAGAGUUUGAAAAGACAUUUGUAAGCGUAAGUGUGGGACGGUAUUCGGGAAAAUCUGUUUCUCUCUGGGACUUGAUUCACUCUUGUUACUUCACUGAAGAUCAGCAGCUAGAAUUUAUUGAAAAAGUAAGAACAAAGCAGAUGAACACCCAAACAAUAAUCACAGUAGUGAUUUCCACAAUUGAAAAACUGGAAAGGGAAACCCCCAAAGUGACAAUGGGGCUGAGAAAGGAAGUAUCUGCACAACAACUCCUAGAUUCUGAUAUUAUUGACUCAGCCACAUUCACACAGGUUAAAGAAGGAAAGCUAGACUUUGAAGAAGUAAGCAAAAGUGAAUUUGUGACAAGAUAUCUUCGGGGAACUGCAAGCAUUGCUGGAAUCAAAAUGUAUCCAACCCAGGAUGUAAUGAGCAUUUACGAGGCAAAACAGAAAAAUCUUUUGACUCCCGGCAUUGCACUUGUACUGCUUAAAGCACAGUCCGCAACAGGAUGGGUGAUUGAUCCUGUCAGCAAUAAGUUCUAUUCAGUUGAUGAGGGUGCAAAGGAGAUGGUAAUUGGAACAGAUGUCCUUGAGCAACUUCUUUCAGCACAGCGUGCUGUCACUGGCUUUAAGGAUCCUUACACAGACGGCACCAUAUCCCUGUUUGAAGCGAUGAAAGAAAGACUAGUUGAAAGAAGAGAAGGCCUUCAUCUUCUUGAAGCACAGAUGGCAACUGGAGGAAUUAUCGACCCAAAUCAAAGUCACAGAGUACCUGCUCAAGUUGCUAUUAAAAAAGGAUUCCUUGAUGAAGAAACUUACAAUAUCCUGCAAAACCCAAGUGAUGAUGCAAGGGGUUACUAUGACCCAAAUACCAAUGAAAAUUUAUCCUACGUUCAACUGAUGAGUCGAUGUGAAAGAGAUUCCAAAACUGGACUCCUUCUCUUGCCACUGGAUGUUGAUGAGUCCAAGGAGUUUCAUACAGAUGAGCAGGUGGAGCUUGCCUUCAAAAACAAAAGUAUUUCCCUGAAUGUAGGAAAAUUUAAGAACAACGAAAUAACAGUGUGGGAGUUAUUGCUUUCUGAAUAUAUCUCAGCAGAAAAGAGAGAGCAGCUGAUACGACAGUACAAAACAGGAGCUUUGAAAUUAGAGGAAAUCAUUGAAAUCCUGACAGUUAUCAUCACAGAACUCUCAACUAAAGAAAGAAAGUUCAAAGGACUAAGAAAACAGGUCUCAGCUAGUGAACUGUUAGAGUCAAAAAUUAUCUCAAAGGAGAUUUUCGACAAAAUUAUGCAGGGCAAAAUAAGUGAGAAAAAUGUGACUGAAAUUGAGUCCAUUCAGAAGUACCUUGGAGCGACAAACUGCAUAGCGGGUGUCAGACUGGAAUCAACAAAGACCGUUAUGAGCAUUUAUGAAGCUAAAUGCCGAGGUCUACUAACUCCUGGUACCUCCCUAAUUCUGCUGGAAGCCCAAGCUGCCACUGGCUUUGUCAUUGACCCAGUAAACAACAAGAAACUUUCAGUAGAGGAAGCUGUUGAUCAAGGAGUAGUUGGAAAAGAAUGGAAGAAGAAAUUGCUCUCAGCAGAAAGAGCAGUCACAGGAUACAAAGAUCCCUACACUGGAAACACAAUUUCUUUGUUCCAGGCCCUGAAGAAAGAUCUGAUUGUUAAAGAUCACGGGAUCCGUCUUCUGGAGGCGCAGAUUGCAACAGGAGGAAUAAUAGAUCCAGUCCACAGUCACAGGGUGCCUGUACAGGUGGCAUACCAAAGAGGUUACUUUGAUGAAGAGAUGAACCAUAUCUUAUCUGAUCCAGAUGAUGACACCAAGGGUUUCUUUGACCCCAACACCAAGGAGAACCUUACAUACCUCCAGCUGAUCGAAAGAUGUGGAAAAGAUCCACGUACAGACCUAAAUCUACUGUCCAUUGUAAAGAAAGGCGAGUUCUACUUCUUUGUUGAUGAGGCCACAAAGGUCAUCCUAAAGUCUACAACAACAACCAAAGCUGGAGGAAAAUACAAAGGUACCACAGUUUCUCUGUGGGAUUUGCUUUACUCCAAAUACAUCACCGAGGAAAAGAGGAGAGAUCUUGUCCAGCAGUUCAAAGCUGGAACACUCACCAUCGACCACUUCUUGGAAAUCAUCUUGUCCAUCAUUCAGCAGAAGACCACAACAACAACAAUCACAAAGACUACUGAGGAAAAAACCUUCAAGGGAAUCAGAAAAGAUGUCAACUUGACUGAACUAGUUGAAUCAAAGAUUAUUGAUAAGGAACUCUACAAGAAGAUUGUUGAUGAAGAUGUCACAGUGGCUGAAGUCAGUGAAAUGGAUUCAGUACGUAAAUACCUUGAAGGAACCAACAGCAUUGCAGGAGUGUACAUCCAGUCCACCAAGGAGACGCUGAGCAUCUAUGAAGCCAAAGGCCGAGGUCUACUGACUCCUGGUACCUCUCUGGUUCUGCUGGAAGCCCAAGCCGCCACUGGUUUCAUGAUCGACCCAGUAAAGAACAAGAAACUUUCUGUAGAGGAAGCUGUUGGUCAAAAACUGGUUGGUAAAGAAUGGAAGGACAAACUGAUAUCAGCAGAAAGAGCGGUCACAGGAUACAAAGAUCCCUACACUGGAAACACAAUUUCUUUGUUCCAGGCCCUGAAGAAAGAUCUGAUUGUUAAAGAUCACGGGAUCCGUCUUCUGGAGGCGCAGAUUGCAACAGGAGGAAUAAUAGAUCCAGUCCACAGUCACAGGGUGCCUGUACAGGUGGCAUACCAAAGAGGUUACUUUGAUGAAGAGAUGAACCAUAUCUUAUCUGAUCCAGAUGAUGACACCAAGGGUUUCUUUGACCCCAACACCAAGGAGAACCUUACAUACCUCCAGCUGAUCGAGAGAUGUAUUACAGAUCCUGCUACAGGUCUCAGUUUACUGGUCAUUGUAAAGAAAGGCGAGUUCUACUUCUUUGUUGAUGAGGCCACAAAGGUCAUCCUAAAGUCUACAACGACAACCAAAGCUGGAGGAAAAUACAAAGGUACCACAGUUUCUCUGUGGGAUUUGCUUUACUCCAAAUACAUCACCGAGGAAAAGAGGAGAGAUCUUGUCCAGCAGUUCAAAGCUGGAACACUCACCAUCGACCACUUCUUGGAAAUCAUCUUGUCCAUCAUUCAGCAGAAGACCACAACAACAACAAUCACAAAGACUACUGAGGAAAAAACCUUCAAGGGAAUCAGAAAAGAUGUCAACUUGACUGAACUAGUUGAAUCAAAGAUUAUUGAUAAGGAACUCUACAAGAAGAUUGUUGAUGAAGAUGUCACAGUGGCUGAAGUCAGUGAAAUGGAUUCAGUACGUAAAUACCUUGAAGGAACCAACAGCAUUGCAGGAGUGUACAUCCAGUCCACCAAGGAGACGCUGAGCAUCUAUGAAGCCAAAGGCCGAGGUCUACUGACUCCUGGUACCUCUCUGGUUCUGCUGGAAGCCCAAGCCGCCACUGGUUUCAUGAUCGACCCAGUAAAGAACAAGAAACUUUCUGUAGAGGAAGCUGUUGGUCAAAAACUGGUUGGUAAAGAAUGGAAGGACAAACUGAUAUCAGCAGAAAGAGCGGUCACAGGAUACAAAGAUCCCUACACUGGAAACACAAUUUCUUUGUUCCAGGCCCUGAAGAAAGAUCUGAUUGUUAAAGAUCACGGGAUCCGUCUUCUGGAGGCGCAGAUUGCAACAGGAGGAAUAAUAGAUCCAGUCCACAGUCACAGGGUGCCUGUACAGGUGGCAUACCAAAGAGGUUACUUUGAUGAAGAGAUGAACCAUAUCUUAUCUGAUCCAGAUGAUGACACCAAGGGUUUCUUUGACCCCAACACCAAGGAGAACCUUACAUACCUCCAGCUGAUCGAGAGAUGUAUUACAGAUCCUGCUACAGGUCUCAGUUUACUGGUCAUUGUAAAGAAAGGCGAGUUCUACUUCUUUGUUGAUGAGGCCACAAAGGUCAUCCUAAAGUCUACAACGACAACCAAAGCUGGAGGAAAAUACAAAGGUACCACAGUUUCUCUGUGGGAUUUGCUUUACUCCAAAUACAUCACCGAGGAAAAGAGGAGAGAUCUUGUCCAGCAGUUCAAAGCUGGAACACUCACCAUCGACCACUUCUUGGAAAUCAUCUUGUCCAUCAUUCAGCAGAAGACCACAACAACAACAAUCACAAAGACUACUGAGGAAAAAACCUUCAAGGGAAUCAGAAAAGAUGUCAACUUGACUGAACUAGUUGAAUCAAAGAUUAUUGAUAAGGAACUCUACAAGAAGAUUGUUGAUGAAGAUGUCACAGUGGCUGAAGUCAGUGAAAUGGAUUCAGUACGUAAAUACCUUGAAGGAACCAACAGCAUUGCAGGAGUGUACAUCCAGUCCACCAAGGAGACGCUGAGCAUCUAUGAAGCCAAAGGCCGAGGUCUACUGACUCCUGGUACCUCUCUGGUUCUGCUGGAAGCCCAAGCCGCCACUGGUUUCAUGAUCGACCCAGUAAAGAACAAGAAACUUUCUGUAGAGGAAGCUGUUGGUCAAAAACUGGUUGGUAAAGAAUGGAAGGACAAACUGAUAUCAGCAGAAAGAGCGGUCACAGGAUACAAAGAUCCCUACACUGGAAACACAAUUUCUUUGUUCCAGGCCCUGAAGAAAGAUCUGAUUGUUAAAGAUCACGGGAUCCGUCUUCUGGAGGCGCAGAUUGCAACAGGAGGAAUAAUAGAUCCAGUCCACAGUCACAGGGUGCCUGUACAGGUGGCAUACCAAAGAGGUUACUUUGAUGAAGAGAUGAACCAUAUCUUAUCUGAUCCAGAUGAUGACACCAAGGGUUUCUUUGACCCCAACACCAAGGAGAACCUUACAUACCUCCAGCUGAUCGAGAGAUGUAUUACAGAUCCUGCUACAGGUCUCAGUUUACUGGUCAUUGUAAAGAAAGGCGAGUUCUACUUCUUUGUUGAUGAGGCCACAAAGGUCAUCCUAAAGUCUACAACGACAACCAAAGCUGGAGGAAAAUACAAAGGUACCACAGUUUCUCUGUGGGAUUUGCUUUACUCCAAAUACAUCACCGAGGAAAAGAGGAGAGAUCUUGUCCAGCAGUUCAAAGCUGGAACACUCACCAUCGACCACUUCUUGGAAAUCAUCUUGUCCAUCAUUCAGCAGAAGACCACAACAACAACCACCACCACAACAACAACAAUCACAAAGACUACUGAGGAAAAAACCUUCAAGGGAAUCAGAAAAGAUGUCAACUUGACUGAACUAGUUGAAUCAAAGAUUAUUGAUAAGGAACUCUACAAGAAGAUUGUUGAUGAAGAUGUCACAGUGGCUGAAGUCAGUGAAAUGGAUUCAGUACGUAAAUACCUUGAAGGAACCAACAGCAUUGCAGGAGUGUACAUCCAGUCCACCAAGGAGACGCUGAGCAUCUAUGAAGCCAAAGGCCGAGGUCUACUGACUCCUGGUACCUCUCUGGUUCUGCUGGAAGCCCAAGCCGCCACUGGUUUCAUGAUCGACCCAGUAAAGAACAAGAAACUUUCUGUAGAGGAAGCUGUUGGUCAAAAACUGGUUGGUAAAGAAUGGAAGGACAAACUGAUAUCAGCAGAAAGAGCGGUCACAGGAUACAAAGAUCCCUACACUGGAAACACAAUUUCUUUGUUCCAGGCCCUGAAGAAAGAUCUGAUUGUUAAAGAUCACGGGAUCCGUCUUCUGGAGGCGCAGAUUGCAACAGGAGGAAUAAUAGAUCCAGUCCACAGUCACAGGGUGCCUGUACAGGUGGCAUACCAAAGAGGUUACUUUGAUGAAGAGAUGAACCAUAUCUUAUCUGAUCCAGAUGAUGACACCAAGGGUUUCUUUGACCCCAACACCAAGGAGAACCUUACAUACCUCCAGCUGAUCGAGAGAUGUAUUACAGAUCCUGCUACAGGUCUCAGUUUACUGGUCAUUGUAAAGAAAGGCGAGUUCUACUUCUUUGUUGAUGAGGCCACAAAGGUCAUCCUAAAGUCUACAACAACAACCAAAGCUGGAGGAAAAUACAAAGGUACCACAGUUUCUCUGUGGGAUUUGCUUUACUCCAAAUACAUCACCGAGGAAAAGAGGAGAGAUCUUGUCCAGCAGUUCAAAGCUGGAACACUCACCAUCGACCACUUCUUGGAAAUCAUCUUGUCCAUCAUUCAGCAGAAGACCACAACAACAACCACCACCACAACAACAACAAUCACAAAGACUACUGAGGAAAAAACCUUCAAGGGAAUCAGAAAAGAUGUCAACUUGACUGAACUAGUUGAAUCAAAGAUUAUUGAUAAGGAACUCUACAAGAAGAUUGUUGAUGAAGAUGUCACAGUGGCUGAAGUCAGUGAAAUGGAUUCAGUACGUAAAUACCUUGAAGGAACCAACAGCAUUGCAGGAGUGUACAUCCAGUCCACCAAGGAGACGCUGAGCAUCUAUGAAGCCAAAGGCCGAGGUCUACUGACUCCUGGUACCUCUCUGGUUCUGCUGGAAGCCCAAGCCGCCACUGGUUUCAUGAUCGACCCAGUAAAGAACAAGAAACUUUCUGUAGAGGAAGCUGUUGGUCAAAAACUGGUUGGUAAAGAAUGGAAGGACAAACUGAUAUCAGCAGAAAGAGCGGUCACAGGAUACAAAGAUCCCUACACUGGAAACACAAUUUCUUUGUUCCAGGCCCUGAAGAAAGAUCUGAUUGUUAAAGAUCACGGGAUCCGUCUUCUGGAGGCGCAGAUUGCAACAGGAGGAAUAAUAGAUCCAGUCCACAGUCACAGGGUGCCUGUACAGGUGGCAUACCAAAGAGGUUACUUUGAUGAAGAGAUGAACCAUAUCUUAUCUGAUCCAGAUGAUGACACCAAGGGUUUCUUUGACCCCAACACCAAGGAGAACCUUACAUACCUCCAGCUGAUCGAGAGAUGUAUUACAGAUCCUGCUACAGGUCUCAGUUUGUUAUCAUUAAAAAAGUAAAUUCAGUUAAAAAUUACAAGUGAAUCUAACAAGUAUUGUCACUUUCAGUCUGAACUUUAUUAUUUCUUAUUACUUAUUUCAUUUCACCAGAGCUGGAAUCCAAACCAGCAUCUUAUCUGUGAUAGAAAAUUCCUACGUUUGUGUUAGUCAUAAAUUACAGUCGUGAAUAAGAUGAAGCUUUAACACUUUUCAUGAGUACUCGAAUGUCAAAGGAAAAGUUAAAAUUAAAGGGAUUUGUUUUUGCGUCUACUACCUAAUAAUCUGCUUGUUAACUGUUUAAAUGGGUUCCACGUUUUGUUUGUCUUGGAAAUGAUGGUUAUUGUUGUUCUGUGAUGCAAUCACAUAGUUCUCUUUGCAUAAAGUUUUCAGUUUCUUCUCUGGGGUCAAAUGUGGAUGUAAUUGGAACAAGGGAAUACUUCCCCUUUUCCACCUUUUAUGAGGUCCAAUAAAAUGAUGCAAUGUUUA